UCUACAUAUCUCUAUAACGGAGAUUCCGUAUAGGAAUUAUUAUAAUUGAAGAUAUAUAUGUAUAUGUAAGGAACUGAUUUAUUACACUCUUAUGAAAUAAAAGGUCAUGCUCAAACACAUGAUUAGAUAAAUCAAGUUUCGCUUGACGAAGUAAUUUUAUAUAUCAAUAUAUCGAUUAUGACUACUUUAAAUCCCAAUGAACUUACCAUAGUAAAAAGAGACCUACAUGUUCCUUCUCUCGAUGAAAUAAAAGAUGUCUUAAAAGAAGGAUUGAUUAAAAAUUUCGCGGAUGUAGAAGUAGAAGUUGUCAAUUGCCCAGAUUUAACAAAAGAACCUUUCACACUUGCUGCGCCAGGAUUAGGUGGCAACCCAACAUUACUAGAAAUUGGUGGACCAGCAUUUCUUCUUCCUACUGUACAAAAAAAUAAAUUAUAUGACAUCCAACAACUUUUGAAUCACUUACAAUACAAAGGAGAUUCUUUUGUUGCUGGAGCAGGAGCUGGUCCAUGGCCAUAUAUAAAUUCCAAUUGUGAGCUUAUAAUGAAUUUAACUGUUUCACCAUCCAGUGUACAAAAUGAAACUCGUAUUUCAUCUGUCGAUACAACAAAUGGAAAUUGUGUGCUUCAAACAUUACCUAAUACUGAAACAAGACUUGCUUUAUUAGCUAAUUUGUUUGUUACUGGAGGGAAACCAGGUAAAGUUUUAAAAGUCCAUGCUAAAAAACGUACUGGAAAUAAUGAUUUUAUUGCAUCUAUGCAAAAAGCAAUUGCUCUGCAUUAUCCAAAUAAUCUUGUUGGAUUAGGAGGAACGUUUUUAAUGAAAGAUGGAAAAGUUAAACAGCAUGUUAUGGCAGACUUCUCAAAAACUCCAUUAAAGACGGAAGCACAACUUAAUAACUGGUUACACUUCUAUAAUAUGUCAACACCCCUAAUAGCUGUUGGUACAUUUGUCAGUUCUGAAAGUGAUUUAGAUCUUCGUGUUCAGCAUUUCCACAGUUUUUCCCAUCACGGAGAGGGUGGACAUUAUCAUAUCGAUACAACACCAGAAACUAUUGAAUACUUGGGAUAUUUCAACUUGGGUACUACACUUUACCGUGUAGAUAAACCACUAACUGGUAUUCAGUUUGGAAAGGAUUAAUUGCUGUUAUAUAAUUGUAUAUACAUUUUGUCUAAAAAGUGAUGCAUAAAUGUUUAUGGUAUAAUAAUCUUACAAA